AUGGACAGGAUGGAGCUGGUGUGGCUGCACGUGAUGCUGAUCCACGUGCAGCACAUCGCUGCCGUGACCUGGCUGUCCCUGACCAAGCAGAUUUCCCUGCAGGCAGCCCUCCAGGACCCCAGGGGCUGUGAUGGCCUGAUGGGGCAGGUGGAAGAGCAGGUGGAAGCCAUGGAGGCGGUGAAUGACAGCCUCUUUUCCCACCCUGUGCCCCAUAAGUGCCUUUGCCCUCUGCAGACUGGUGCCAUUUCUUGUCCUGCUGCAGGCACGCAGGAGUCAGCUUUCAUCUGCACCAUCUCCACUGCCAGCUUUGCUUUUGCUGUCACCCGUGCCUGCAGCCACAGGGAGCUGCACAAGCGUGGCUGCGACCACAAGAUCCGAGGAGUCAGCCCUGAAGGUGGAAGAAGUGGGCAGCAGGGAGAAAGUUUCCAGUGGUCAGGCUGCUAUGAUAACCUGUUUUAUGGGAUUGAUUUCUCUCAGGCCUUCGUGGACAGCCCUGAGAGGAGCCACAGUGUCUCCUCCAGCCGAAUGCUCAUCAACCUGCACAACAAUGAGGCAGGGAGGAAGGGCAGCCCCAUGCUCCCAGAGGAGUCUGCAUCCUGCUGCCUUUCCUGGCCCAGCACUGUGCUGAUUACCCUGAGCUGGCUCCUGCCUGUGUGGAGGGGGUCCCAGCCUCCCCUCCACUCUUUUGUGCAGUCUCCUUUUCCUCGCACCCCACCUAUGAUUUAGGAAAUAAUUCUCUCUGUUCUGCUCUGAAGGGCUUCCCUGC